AUGCCAACCAGAGUGUAUUCUUUGGACCAGCAAUCGGUACCUGAACCAUCGGAGGUAGUGGAAGGUACGAUUCCUGUCUUCCAUCGUUUAGCGAAAAUUUUGAUUGACCCUGGUGCAACCCAUUCUUUUGUUAGCCCCACAUUUAUACUUGAAAUUGAUGUGAAAGCUGAAAGGCUACCAUAUGACUUAGAAGUAAGAACACCUACAGGUAAUCAAUCUUUACUUGCCAACGAAGUGUAUAGAAACUGCGAUAUAUGGGUUGGUGAGUGGAAAUUAGUAGUUGACCUCAUAAGCCUAGCUAUUAAGGGGUACGAUGUUAUUCUAAGUAUGGAUUGGCUAGCUCAUUAUCAUGCUAGGGUGGAUUGUCGUAUGAAGGUGGUCGAGUUUUGCAUACCGGGUGAGGCAACUUUAAAGCUAGACGUGAGGGGAAAGGCAAAUGUUGUAGCAGAUGCUCUAAGUCGAAAGGCUCAACUAGCAAGUUUAAUGGUGGGCAAGUGGAGCUUGUUAGAAAAUGUAUAUGAAUGGAACCCUCGUCUGGAGCCGCGAAAAGUUAUUUUUGGAAAUAUUGAGGUGAAGUCGACACUGUUGGAUCAGAUUAAAGAGGGCCAAAUGAAAGAACCAACGGUACAGAAGUGGGUGGAAAGAGUGAAGAAGGGAGAAUUGUCUGAUUUAACCUAG